CUUUGAUCAAACUCACUCAAAUUGCGUUCGUACGAUGCAUUGCGGGUCAUGGCCUCGUCCUUUCUCUUUGGAACAAUACAUCACUGCUUGUUGCUCUAUUGGGCUCUCUCUUCCGCAUAUCUAUCUCACAAUUUCACAGUCAAGAACUUGAAAACGACAACCAACAACUAAUUAACCAUGAAGAUCUCUCCUCUUGUUUUCCUUCUUGCCGGCGCCCACGGAUUCGCCCCCGUUUCCAACAUGGCCAGCCGCAGCAGUCCUCUUGCCAUGAGCACUGAGACCGAGGCCGGAAAGAAGGCUUUCGCCCAGCUCCCUGCCUCUGUCAAGCCAGGUGUUGUCACCGGACAGGCCCUUGUUGACCUUCUGCAACACGCCAAGAAGGAGGGAUGGGCCAUCCCAGGAGUCAAUAUUGUUGGAACCAACUCCAUCAAUUCCUGCAUGGAAGCCGCCGCUAAGUACGGAGGUCCCAUCAUGGUUACUUUCUCCAAGGGAGGAGGUCAAUUCAUUGCCGGAAAGUCCCUCGGCAACGAAGAAGACUCUGCCUCCAUCGCUGGAUGCGUUGCCGGAGCCAAGCACGUCCGGGAGGUUGCCGCUCUCUACAAUGUUCCUGUUAUCCUCCACACUGACCAUUGCCAAAAGGCCUGGUUGCCCUGGAUGGACGGUCUUCUUGCCGCCAACGAGGAAUACUACAAGGAUCACGGUGAGCCCCUUUUCUCCUCUCACAUGCUUGAUCUCUCCGAAGAAUCUUUGGAAGAGAACAUUGGUAUCUGCAAGGAAUACAUGGAGAAAUUCGCCAAGCUUGACAUCCUUUUGGAAUUCGAACUUGGUGUGACUGGAGGAGAGGAAGAUGGUGUUGAUAACACUGAAAUCGACUCCGCUCGUCUUUACACCCAGCCCGAGGAGGUCUUCUACGCCUACGAACAACUUUCCCAGGUCCCCAACGCUGCCUUCACUUGCGCUGCUUCCUUCGGAAAUGUUCACGGUGUCUACGCUCCCGGAAACGUCGAGCUCCGACCUGUCAUCCUUCACAACACUCAAGAGUACAUCUCUGAGAAGCUUGACUCAGAGGACAAGAAGCCCAUGCUUUUCGUCUUCCACGGAGGUUCUGGUUCUUCCCCAGAAGACAUCCAGUACGCCAUUGAUGCUGGUGUCAUCAAGAUGAACAUUGAUACCGACACACAGUGGGCCUACUGGGACGGUGUCCGUGAGUACGAAGCCAAGCACCACGACUACCUCCAGGGACAAAUCGGAAACCCCGAUGGUGACGACAAGCCCAACAAGAAGUACUACGAUCCUCGUAUGAUGCUCCGAGCAGGAGAGGAAGCCAUGGCUGAGCGUUUGUGCAAGGCCGCCGAGGACUUGAACUGUGUCAAUGUCCUCAACUAAGCGUGAGAACUACAGUUCAAGCGGAACAGCAAGUCCAAGGUCCUAGGCGAAUAACUUUGGCAUGAAGAAAGACACCGAUCUGUACUGUACUUGGAUAUAGUCACACAUGCUCCAUUUGGAAGCUACCACUUCUGAAGAGAACACUGGGUCAAUAGAAUAUUUAUUAGCGCAAAUUUUACCACAC